AUGAGCAAAACAUCCCAGCAAAUUAUCAAACUCUUAGUUUCAAUUAUCCUAUUGUCAUUUCUAUUUGGGACAAUUCUACCAGCCAAGCUUCUGCGCCUCUUGCCUGUUAUAUCAUCUCUAGUCAGCCUACAAUUCGCCUACGAUGAAUACUUUUUCUUGUCCUGCUGGACGAGACGCCAAUACCGAGCACAUGCCAAUGAGCUGCUACCGUUAUGGUUCACCAAUUGGGCACCAGCAGGGACCAAAGUCGUAUUCGGAAGCUUUACACUGAGUUUAUCGAGUGGACUGGCGAAUGCCGUAACAAUCUGGCGGGGCACAGGGGAUCAGAUUACCGCACUGUCCUACAUGGCUGGAACCCUGUUUGCGGCCGGUCAUCUGCUUGUUUUUGGUCCAACUGCAAUCAAGUUGCUGGCCAAGAUCCGGCGUAACGAUGCUGAUGCUCAAAGCAUGGAGUCAUUAGAGAUGUGGUUAAAGAUGCAUGCCACUAGGUCUUUCGUGGUGGACUUGCCAGCCGUUGUCUGCUUUACCAUCGGUUUACUCAACGCCAUAGAGAGCGUUGUAUAA